CCCACACAUCCGAUUUUCUCGUGAUUUUUUUAUCAGUUGGAAAUAAUCGAGCUCAACGGUUGAUUGUCUAUGAAUACCUAAAGGCUGAAAUGGCUUAUGCUGCUGUUGUUUCACUUGCACAAACCAUAAACCAAAUCCUAAAUCACGAUCACACUCCCACUAUUCUUCCUCUACAUCAACAAAUCAUCAGAUCCAUCCGCGAAAACGCCGUCGUCUUGCAAUCGUGUCUUCACAACUCUCCCGGAAAAGCCAAUAGUUUGGAAAGCCAAAUCAGAGACAUCGCAAAUACCGCAGAAAAUCUAAUCGAUCUAUUUCUCUGUGAAAUAAAUCCAUCAGAUUUCAGAUCGCGCUUUUCUGAGCUGGAGAUCCAGCUGAAGGAAGCAUCAGAGAAACUGAAUUCCACCGCCGGAGAUGCGGUAGCCGAGAAGCUUAAUUCUACUGCUGUCAGCUCAUCGUUGAGACGUGCAGCCAAAAGCAAAGACGUGGUGCUUGGUAGUCAUGAAGAUCUGUUUUGGAUCAUGAAGCAGCUGACUUUUGGUUCUUCUUCAACCAAACUGCAAGUCCUCCCAAUUGUGGGAACUGGAGGUAUCGGUAAGACUACACUUGCUAAACUUGUUUAUAAUAGUCCACCAAUUAUGGAGUGUUUUGAUAUUCAAGGUUGGGUGACAGUUUCGCAAGAUUAUAGUGUAGGAAGUAUUGCUUUAGAUUUGCUAGCUUCUGUGAAAGGAAUUUUAGAUGUAGAGAGCAAGAUCUCUAAGGAGGAUAGAAUUAACCAAUGCUUAAGGGGUAAGAGGUAUUUGAUUGUAAUGGACGACGUGUGGAGUACGAGAGUUUGGGAUGAUGUGAGGGAGUUAUUUCCCGAUGAUGAUAAUGGAAGUCGGGUCAUUCUAACCACGAGGCUGCAAGAUGUGGCUGCAUAUGCUAGCCAAUUUGGUCCCUCUCAUACGGUGCGUUUCUUGAGUGCGGAUGAUAGUUGGAGUUUGUUGCGAGCGAAGGUGAUUGGAGAUCAACAUUGUGCUCCUGAAUUGGAACAAGUUGGGAGAGAAAUUGCAGCACAAUGCAGAGGGUUGCCUCUUUCUGUUGUGGUGGUGGCAGGGAUUUUAUCCAAGAUUGAUAGGACUUAUCUGGUUUGGAAGCAAAUUGCAGAAAGUGAUGGACGACCGGAAACUAUAAUCUCUUUGAGUUACAACCACUUGCCUCAUCAUCGAAAGGCUUGUUUCUUGUACAUGGGAGGCUUCCCAGAAGAUUAUGAGGUUUGUGUCUCAGAACUCAACAAAUUAUGGGUAGCUGAAGGCUUUAUACAAUGUUCAGACGCGUCUAAAAGGUUAGAGGAAGAGGCGGACAAUUGUCUGGAGGAUCUUGUCGAGAGAGGUCUUGUUUUGGUCACUAGCACCAACUUUGAUGGAAAAAUCAAAAGGUGCAAACUCCAUGAUGUUGUGCGGGACUUUUGCAUAAGAGAGAGUGGACGAGCAAUGCUACUUCUUCCAGUUGUGGAUUACUUACCGAGUCCUAUCUUGAGAAGACAUUUUCUUCCACGAGUCAUGAAAAAUCAUAGACGCAUAAGUGCUACUUGGUCCGAUCUAGAUCUCAAGGACUCUAUGCAUAGCUCACGGACGCGUUCUAUUAUUUGCAUCCCACAUAAAGGUUAUAGGCGUUCAGGCUGUGUAAAGAAUUUCAGUUUGCUUAGGAUUCUUCAUGUUUUGCGUAGAAACGACUAUUGGGAUUGGGAGCCAAGUCAAGUGUUUGAUCUGAUUUAUCUAACUUACCUUGCUUCCAACAUUCCAACUAAUAUUGUUCCUCCAGCCAUAUCAAAGCUGAAGAAUCUUCAAACGUUAAUUAUUUAUCGAUUUGAGGUUCGUUUGCCGGUGGAGAUUUGGAGGCUGAGGCAAUUAAGACAUCUAAUUGCCUUCUCCUUUCUUCCUUUGGCCCAUCCUGAAGAAGCAGCUCUUCCUCUGGAAAACUUGCAAACACUUUCUUUGGCAACUGACUUUAUAUGUAGUGAAAGGAUGAUGGAAAUGAUUCCAAACAUUCGAAAGCUGGGAAUACGCUACUCUGAAGAGAAGUUUGGGGAAGGCUGUCAUCUUGGCAACCUUACAUGUUUGCUUCAAAUUGAGAAAUUGAAAUUGGAGUCGCAUCGAUCAUUCUGGCCGAGUUUGAAUCUUGUUUUUCCUCUGUCACUGAAGAAGUUAACGUUAAGUGGGUGUCGUCUUCCUUGGAGUGAUAUGCAGAUUGUUGGUUCGUUGCCUAGUCUUCAAGUGUUGAAACUAAGGAAGUAUGCUUUCGAUGGGGAGCAAUGGGAAACUACAUGGGGAGGAUUUUGUCAGUUGAGACUGCUGCUUAUUGACGAAUCAAAUCUGCGGUUUUGGAGAGCUAGAAGUAGCCACUUUCCGAGGCUCAAGAGCCUAAUGCUUCUUCGUUGCCUGUGUUUGUCUGAGAUUCCAAUUGCUUUUAGGACGCUUCGAACACUUGAACUGAUUGAGAUCGAUGAUCAUAAUCAAUCUAUUUUCGACUCAGCAAAAAAGAUACAAGCAAGAUGGGAUGGAGAUGUUCAAGUAAGUGUGAAGCAUUUUUGACAUGCUCUUUCAAACUUGACUCUGUUGCUGUUGUCAACAAAAGCCAGUAACAGGUUUUGUCAAGUGUUGAAAAGACGAGUGAGGAAAAAUAAAAGCGUGUAAUGGUCAUCGGUCAACCCCACCGCCGAACAUUUCAUCGCUAAUUCUCUCCUCUUUCCCUUUCCAAUAUGCAGUAGCAAUUCCAUAAUCCUUCUAGUUCAUCUCAUUACCAUAAUGGCUUAUUCUUCUCUUGUUUCCCUUGAAAAAACCAUAACUCAAAUCCUCCAUCCCGGCGGCAGAUAUUCCAUUUCUCCCCACCAAACAAAACAGAUUGCAUCACUAGAUAAACACGCUCUUUUAUUCCUAGCUUUUCUCCACGAUUUUCCCGCCGAAUCAGAGAAUCUGGAAUCCAGAAUCAGAGAUGCAGCAAUGGAAGCCGAGGAUAUCAUCGAAAUGCUUAUGACGGAACAAAUUCGUCACAAUCUCAGGUACACACACUGGAUUGCACAACUAAGUAGAUUCAAGUUUGAAAUCAAGUUGCGUAAAGUAAGAAAUCUAAUGGAUUCAAUCGCCCAAGAGGCGGCAGAGAUGAAAAAUAGCAUCAAAUUCAAAGACGCACAAAUUGAUGAUUCUAUCGAGGCUAGUUCAUCAUCAUCAUCACUAGUUGCAGAUGCUGGAUAAUGGAAAAUGGUUGUAGAAUUGAAUGAGGAUUUGUUAGGAAUGAAGACACGCCUUUGUAGCCAUUCGCCACACCUCCAAACCCUCCCAAUAUUUGGCAUGGGAGGUAUUGGGAAAACGACUCUCGCUAGAACUAUCUACGACGAUCCAUUAAUCAGGGAGCAUUUUCAGAUCCGUGCUUGGGUGACAGUAUCACAAGAUCAUAGCGAGAGAGCAAUUCUUUCAGAUCUGCUGGAUUCUA